AUGCUGCCACCAGGAACUCCGUUUCCCGAACUAUAUCGUAUAGUUAUGGACGGGAGAACACCUGUCGCAGCCGCUUCAUUAUAUCUGAUCAUUGUAUACCUGUGGACAAUUCGAAUAGUACAGCGGAAUCAUCAACAACAGCAACAACAGCAAAACGCUGCUUUACAAAAGCCAUCAUCACCUGUCAAAGAUACCACUACUAUCAAUUGUGCUCGAUUAUUCACAUUGUUCGUACUUGCUCAUAACCUGGCACUUGCGGCGUAUUCGGGACUGACGUUUUACAAACUAGCGACGGGGAUUCAUCGGACACGAACCCGGGAUGAUGCGUCCAUGUUUACCAAGGUAUGCGACACGGAUGAAUACUUUUGGAACGACACUCUGGGCUACUGGGGCUACUUUUUCUAUCUGUCCAAAUUCUACGAAUUUGUGGACACGUUUAUUAUCCUGUUGAAAGGACGCAAACCAUCGCUUUUGCAAGAAUACCAUCAUGCUGGCGCCAUCAUCACCAUGUGGGCUGGUAUCCGCUAUCACACGACGGCUAUCUGGAUGUUUGUCACGUUCAAUUCGUUUAUCCACACCGCCAUGUACUCGUACUAUGCAGCAACAACAUUGGGCUUGCAUCCUCCUGGCAAAAAAUACCUCACGUCUUUACAAAUCGCCCAGUUCUUGCUCGGCAUGACCUUGGCAGCGGCCUAUCUAUUUACGCCCGGGUGUUCGGAAUUGCCCGGUGAAAAGUUCACGUUGAAGCUCAAUUUGAGCUACUUGAUGCCCUUAACAUGGCUGUUUUUUGAUUUUGCUCGGAAAACGUAUGGUCGGCGUCAGAAGCGACAAGCAGUAGCAGCAGCAGCAGCAGCAAAGAAAAAGGCAGCUUGA